AUGAUAAAAUCAUCAACAACAUUCUAUUUAGUGUUUGCAAUUAUUUUAUUGGUUAGUUUGGUUAGUGCCAUUGGAGUACAUCAAAGAAGCAACAAUGACGACAACAACAACAACAAUGAGAUCAAAUCGAGUAUGAAGCUAAGAGCUGAACCAUAUCGUAAGAGUGGAAUCGAAUGUCCCGAUGGAAGUUACUGUGACUCUGGUUCCACCUGUUGUCCAAGUGGCAACGGUGGUUACAGUUGUUGUCCAUCGGCAGGAGCAUCGUGCUGCAGUGACUUCAAACACUGUUGCCCAGCCGGUUUCACCUGUAAUCGAUCAGAUAAGAAACAUGACAAUUUAGAUAGGUCGACUAUUCUAGUUGUCAAUAUUAAUAAUACCGUUCAAGUUAAAGUAUAA